AUCAGCUGCACAUCUUCUUCACCAGCAUUGAGUGACAAAUCACGUUAUGCAUCCUUUUUCCGUGUCAUUCCAAGUGAUAUAUACCAGACAAAGGCUCUGGCAAAGCUCAUGAAGCACUUUAACUGGGACUGGGUUGGAGUGGUGACGAUAGACGAUGAAUACGGAGAACCUGCUCUGCAGCAUUUUCUGUCCGAUUCAGAAAAAGAAAACAUAUGUGUGCAUUUCCAGGAAGUGUUACCAAAUUACUUAGGUUCCUUAAAUAUUGACAAGCGCAUCAAAGAGGUGGCUGAGAAAAUCCGAAACUCCACUGCCAAAGUUGUGCUGCUCAUUUUGAGACCAGAACAUGUGGAGAUGCUCUUUAAAGAGAUGAUUAAGACAAAUACUACUCGAAUCUGGAUCGCCAGUGAUGCCUGGUCUACAGCACGCUUUGUAAUGAAGAUGAAGGACAUAAAUAAGGUUGGAGACAUCUUUGGCUUUGACUUUGUCACAGGGAUCAUUCCAGGUUUUGAAGACUUCCUCAAGAAUCUGACGAUAAGCCCAGGAGUGAGGAAUGAUUUCAUAAGGGAGUACAAACAGUUGAGGUUCAACUGCAGUCAGCAGUCGGAGCACACGUCCCCUUUGGCCUGUAGUGUGACAGAUCCUUUAGAGGCGAAUGAUGACUACCUGCUCCAUGCUGUGCAUCUGAUGGAGGCCUACAGUCAGAGAGUAGCAGUGUAUGCUGCAGCUCAUGCCAUCAGGAAACUUCUUAAAUGCAACGACACUGCCUGCUCUGGAGCUGCCAACUUAUUGCCGUGGCAGCUUGUGGACAUUCUUCGUAAAGUGAACUUCACUUUGGACAGUAAGACAUACACCUUUAAUCAGUAUGGGGAUUUUGAAAAUGGUUAUGACCUCAUAAUGUGGAAAAAGAGUGGUGAUGAAAGAGAGCCUGAUGUGGUGGGAAGAUUUCUCAUAAAGAAUGGUGAAGUUGAGAUUGACGAGCGCAAAAUCCCAUGGACCAACAACACGGUGCCCUUGUCCAGAUGUUCAGAGCCAUGUCCUCCAGGCACAGAGAAGAACAUAUCAAAAAUCUCCUGUUGUUAUGACUGUGCUAACUGUAGUGAGGGAUACUAUUCUAAUGAGACAGAUCAGCCUGCCUGUAAAAAAUGUCCAGAAGGCUCCUGGUCUCUUCCACGGUCAAGGGAGUGUCAGAGAUGGAACAUUUGGUUUUUGGAGUGGUCUUCAGCUUAUUCCAUUGUAGUGAUGAUUGGAACAGUAAUAGGUGCACUACUGCUGGUGUUCUCAUUUAUCUUUUUCAUUCUACACAGAGAAAAACCCAUCAUAAAGGACAUCUUAGUCACUUCAUGUCUGAUGAAAUUUGGCCUGAUGGUGAGUUUUGGAGGUGUAAUACUUUUCUUAGGCAGCCCAAACAUCCAUGUUUGUAGAGCUCAACAGAUCAUGUAUGGUCUUGGGUUCACUCUCUGUGUGUCCUGCAUUCUGGUUAAGGCCCUUCACAUAUUCUUAGCCUAUAUGGCCUUUAACCCAGACAGACGGCGCACGCUGAGAAGACUAGAUAAGCCUUUUGUCAUCAUAGGGCUCCUCACUAUAAUUCAAGCUCUCAUCUGUAUCUUCUGGAUGAUAUUUGAUCCUGUUAAUGUUAAGGAGACACAAUCAAAAACUCAGUUACUUACUCUGAACCGUCUGUGCACUCAGGGCUCUAUGUAUGGCUUUGGUGCGAUGCAUGUCUACAUUGCUUUACUAGCUGUGGUGUGUUUUGGACUGGCCUUCAAGGGGAGAGACAAUGAGACUGAUCCUAUAGUCUUCAGCAUGCUCAUCCAUCUGUUUGCCUGGUUCUGCUUUAUUCCAGUCUUCAUCACUCAAUAUGAAUCACGCCCCAUCGUCCAGAUCUCUGGCAUUAUGGUCUCCAACUAUGGAGUCAUCUUCUGCCACUUUGCCCCAAAAUGGUUUAAGAUCCUCUCAGAAAAGUCUGAGACAUUGAAGGCAGUUAAACCCCCAGUUGAUUCUCUUACAGAUGACCAUGACUCUGGGGUCGUUUGUAGGACCCCAGCGGAAACUAUAUCAAUACUCACUAUAUCACAAACCCGACUCAGCAUUACAGAGUCAGAAACGUCCGACUGGGAUAGGAACAGCUCGCAACUCUCAGAAAAUGGUUUUGCCGCAUUUAGGCAUCGGAAGCCAAGAAGUCAACGACCGAGGAGUCUCUAA